GCCCAGACCCCUCCCGGCCCUGGGGCCGGCGGGAUUGGGUCGGCGGGGGGCCAGCCCGGAAGCCAGCUUCCUCUAGGCUCCCCCUCUCCGUGAAGCCAAUCCUCCUCGCAGCCAAACAGCUUGAGCGUUUGUUCUGUGCUUCCCUGCCGAGAUGUGAGGGAUUUUCUCUUGGGAAGAAAUCAGUGGUCGAGUGCCUGCCCAGCUCAAAUGCCACCCAACCCAGAGCAAGGCCUGAGGCCCAGGGAUCCCGGAGGGAGAGUAAGUUCAGCGACCCCGGCUCUCCAGCAUUCUACAGAGGCGAUCUGGCUGUGUGCAGGGGUCUCUCUAGCUGGGUAGGCGUGUGUGUUGGAGGAGGAAGGAUUGCUUCUUCACCGGGACACGGCUAAGGGAACGUCACACCUCCUGAGGACAGCCAGGAGGACUCUGUUUUUUGCUGAGCUGGGCGUCUUACCUCCUUCCUCCCAAAGGCUUCAGACCCAGGCUUCACUCUUCUCGAGUCCUGAAUGCCCCUGGCCAAGCAUCAAACUGUUCCUCCUCCAGCCCUAUCCAGUCCUAAAGCACACCUCCAGGACCUGGAGCCUGCCCUCCUGCUCAGAAUGACUCACCAUUAUUUCCAGCUCAAGUGAGAAGAUGGGAUGGGGAGUUGAGCUGCCUAUUUGUGUAGCUAGGAUUCCUGCCUGUGGCAUCUGAUCUGCUGCUCUCCAAGGAAAAGCACCUCAGGCUCCUGCCUGGACAGCCAAGCGAGGCUGUGUCUCCAGCUCUCAGAGGGCUCUGGGCCUCUCCUGAAGGAGCACAGACUAAUGCUUCUGAGUUUCUUGGGGCCCAGUGACCAGCACCCUCAGCCCCCCUGCUGCAAGCAGCUGGAAGGCAUAGAGUAAAGUACUCUCCUCAGCCCAAUUAUGACAGUGGCUACCGGAGACCCAGUGGACGAGGCUGCUGCCCUCCCUGGGCACCCACAGGACACCUAUGACCCAGAGGCAGACCACGAGUGCUGUGAGAGGGUGGUGAUCAACAUCUCAGGCCUGCGGUUUGAGACUCAGCUAAAGACCCUAGCCCAGUUUCCAGAGACCCUUUUAGGGGACCCCAAGAAGCGGAUGAGGUACUUCGAUCCCCUGCGAAAUGAGUACUUUUUUGAUCGCAACCGGCCUAGCUUUGAUGCCAUUUUGUACUACUACCAGUCUGGAGGCAGGUUGAGGCGACCUGUGAAUGUGCCCUUAGAUAUAUUCUCUGAAGAAAUCCGGUUUUAUGAGCUAGGAGAAGAAGCAAUGGAGAUGUUUCGGGAGGAUGAAGGCUACAUCAAGGAAGAAGAGCGUCCUCUGCCCGAAAAUGAGUUUCAGAGACAGGUGUGGCUUCUCUUUGAAUACCCUGAGAGCUCGGGGCCUGCCAGGAUUAUAGCCAUUGUAUCCGUCAUGGUUAUUCUGAUCUCAAUCGUCAGCUUCUGUCUGGAAACCUUGCCCAUCUUCCGGGAUGAGAAUGAGGACAUGCAUGGUGGUGGGGUGACCUUCCACACCUACUCCAACAGCACCAUCGGGUACCAGCAGUCCACCUCCUUCACUGACCCUUUCUUCAUUGUAGAGACUCUCUGCAUCAUCUGGUUCUCCUUUGAGUUUCUGGUGAGAUUCUUUGCCUGUCCCAGCAAAGCUGGCUUCUUCACCAACAUUAUGAACAUCAUUGACAUUGUGGCUAUCAUUCCUUACUUUAUAACCCUGGGGACAGAGUUAGCUGAGAAGCCAGAGGACGCCCAGCAAGGCCAGCAGGCCAUGUCAUUGGCCAUUCUCCGUGUCAUCCGGUUGGUAAGAGUCUUUAGGAUUUUCAAGUUGUCCAGACACUCCAAAGGCCUGCAGAUUCUAGGUCAGACCCUCAAAGCCAGCAUGAGGGAAUUGGGCCUCUUGAUCUUCUUCCUCUUCAUUGGGGUCAUCCUCUUCUCUAGUGCUGUCUAUUUUGCAGAAGCUGAUGAGCGAGAUUCCCAAUUCCCCAGCAUCCCGGAUGCUUUCUGGUGGGCAGUUGUCUCCAUGACAACUGUAGGCUAUGGAGACAUGGUUCCAACUACCAUUGGGGGAAAGAUAGUGGGUUCCCUGUGUGCAAUUGCAGGUGUAUUAACCAUUGCCUUACCAGUCCCUGUCAUAGUGUCUAAUUUCAACUACUUCUACCAUCGGGAGACAGAGGGAGAGGAGCAGGCCCAGUACUUGCAAGUGACAAGCUGUCCAAAGAUCCCGUCCUCCCCUGACCUAAAGAAAAGUAGAAGUGCCUCUACCAUAAGUAAGUCUGAUUACAUGGAGAUACAGGAGGGAGUAAACAACAGUAAUGAGGACUUUAGAGAGGAGAACUUAAAAACAGCCAACUGUACACUGGCUAACACAAACUAUGUGAAUAUUACCAAAAUGUUAACUGAUGUCUGAUGAAACCUAUUAAUGUACUCACAGCUCAACAGGACUAAUGCAGAUGUUGCAUAAUAGCCUGCAUUGUAGUCAGUGUUCUAAAGUGUGCAUCUGGUUCUGCAUGGAAAGCAAUAGUUGUGCAAGUGACUUUU